AUGACCUCGACGUUAGUGGGCAAACUUGAAGCGCUGAGUACCAUUUCUGAACAUGAGGGGUUGGAGGAUGUCAAGGAUUUAUUCCCGCGCUCGAGUCAGCAAUACGCAAGCUUCCCUUGGGAGGAAUGCUUUUUCAAUGCUUGUCUACUAAGUAUACAGCGCAGACACAUAUCUAAGCAUCGAAAUAUGCUACCAAUCUUACUACAACUACACUAA